AUGGACGAGACAUACUUUCUGAGCGUGCAAGUCCUUGCAUUCCGUCUAAUCGGAUUCGAUUUGUGGCACGAUAACGGCCAAAAUGAUCGUCCACAUAUCUCAUUUCUGGUAAUUGGCACAAUGGGCGCUUUUUUGGGUCCACUUUUCUUUGCCAUUCAGUUUUACAUUACCAAUGUGAGCAUCAUGUCAGAUGCAAUGGGCUCCCUGCUGGCCAUCAUCCUCACCCUGGUGAAGUAUGGAGUUUUUGUAUAUUACCGCAAGGAUUUUGUUCAACUUAUCUAUCGCAUACGCGGCAUACUUGAAAAGGAGAUCGCCGCCUGGCCACAGGCCGCGUCCAUUGUGGAGACGGAGAAUCGCAGCGAUCAAUCGCUGAGCUUAACGUACAUGCGUUGUUUCUUUGCCGCCUGUCUCUUUGCGGGAAUUAAGCCAAUUGUUAUAAUGGUAACAACCAAAGUGCGUACGGACCUCAUACAUCUGGAGCUGCCGCACUCGGGUGUAUAUCCAUGGAGCGAUCAGUCGUUAUUGUUCUAUGUGCCGACUUACAUAUGGAAUUUGCUUGCCAGCUAUGGAGCAGUAACAAUGUCAUUGGCCAUGGACACGCUUCUGUUUGCAUUCACGUAUAAUGUUUGUGCGGUAUUUAAGAUUGCCCAGCAUCGCAUUCGGAAUUUGCAACCGUUGAAGGAUAAACCGUGGGAGGAGCUGUAUGAGUUGGUGCAGGUGCUGCGACUGCAUCAGACGGGAUUGUUGAUUGCAACACAAUUGGGACGUAGCUUGAGGCCCUUGGUUUUUAUGCAGUUCUUUAUCACGGCAUUGCAACUGUGCUUUCUUGGCUUUCAGUUGGCCGAUCUCUUUCCCUCGCCGGAAUGUGUUUACUUCGUCUUCUUUGUUAGCUCCUUGCUCAUCGCUUUAUUCAUCUAUUCGCAUUGCGGCGAGAAUAUGAAACAGGCGAGCGUUGACUUUGCAACUGCCGUUUAUGAUAGCAACUGGAUGGACUUUGCCCCUGCCACACGACGCGCUCUCAUUGUGACCAUCAUGCGGGCCCAGCGUCCAUGUCAGCUCAAAGGCUAUUUCUUUGAACCCAACAUGGCAACAUUCUCAGCGGUGGUACGCUCAGCCAUUUCGUACGUCAUGAUGUUGCGUUCCCUCAAUGCCACGGGUCAGACGUAAACUACAUGGAUACAUAUGCAGC